GCUGUUUGUGCUCAUAGCGGCUGCUAGUGCCGGAGACCGGGCCCUCGUGCAUAAUCCGCGUGCGGUGUACGAGGGACUUGUAUAGAACCCCGCGUCCGGCCCUGCUGACCCUGUCGUGGUGGCAAGGCACGUUGUCUAGAUGCAAUCAGCCGUUGUGCCAGACACCACUUUUACAGAUUCAGAUAUGGACAAGAAACUGCUGGAGCAGUGCAGCGACAUGAGCGACGCGGAGACUGUAAGUCCAAAGAGCCUGGCUCGACUGAGAAGCCUUAGCACAAUGUCCUCCUUUGCUCGCUCAUUUUCUCGACUCACCACUUCGUUGCUGGAAUGUCCUGAUGUGGAUGAAGAAGAGGAACAGGAAUUCAAUUUGGUUGUGAAGGCAACCUUCCUAGAAUACAUUCCUGUAAAGAGCAGGUUGAAACGCUGCGAGAGUGACUCAGUGUUAGUCCAGCCCGGCUCUUUGAGUGUGGAUCCGGCUGAUGGCAACAUCCUACGCGCUACAGAGAGCGAGACAGUCUUGCCGGAGGGGAUGCCAUCGGUGGGUUCUAUGUUGCACGAGUCACAGCAGUGUCGGCCUUGUGCGUGGUUUUGGAAGCCAACGGGCUGUUCGAAUGGCUCCGCGUGCAGACACUGUCACUUGUGCCCUGCAGGGGAGCUCACUCGUCAGAGGAAAGUUCAUCGCUGCAUGGCACGUCAGAGGAGACAGGACCAAGGAACCUCGUGCGGAGCACAGACGGUUUCCAUUGUGCCGGUCCUCUUGCCUGUCAUGCCUAGCGUGAUUGGUAUAAGCCCUGGGGGCCCUGGACCAGUGCAAUUUUGUGAGCCGAGAGCCGCCGCGGGGUCAAGCUCGUCGAACCCAACGUUGUUGGGUAGAAUUUGACCAUCCGCUGGGGGUGCGAUAUGACCUUUAUGAUUUUAUCAUGCGUGCC